AACGAGCAUCUGUGACACAUCCCAUCCACCUACACUUCACCAUAAAGUUUGACAUCUCAGAUCAGCUGUGUGGUCGCUGGAGCACAGAGCCAUGAUGGAACAGCAGUGAGGAAAACCAACGAGAGAGAGAGGAUCCGUGUCAUGAUGGUGCUCGUCCUGAUUGUCGCAGGUCUUGUGGUUGUCGCGCUGCUCAUGGUUUUAUUCGCACCCUACAUUAGGAAAUACUCUGCAGGUGGAACAUGUAUGUCUAUGGCCCGGUUGGACGGGAAGACGGUCCUGAUUACUGGAGCCAACACUGGUAUUGGGAAGGAGACUGCCCUGGACCUGGCUAUCAGAGGUGCGAGGGUGAUCAUGGCGUGCAGGGAUGUGGAGAAGGGUGAGGAGGCCGCAGCAUCGAUACGACGCAUCUACUGCAAGGCAAACGUAGAGGUCCGAGAGCUAGACCUGGCUGAUACCAGCUCCAUACGGGCCUUCGUGCAACGCUUACACAGAGAGGUCGACCACCUCCACAUCCUGAUCAACAAUGCUGGGGUCAUGAUGUGUCCGUACGUGAAGACCAUCGACGGCUUCGAGAUGCAGCUGGGGGUCAACCACCUGGGUCACUUCCUGUUGACGUACCUCCUGAUUGGUCUGCUGAAGCGUAGUGCUCCGGCCCGUAUCGUUGUGGUUUCCUCUCUGGCUCAUAACGUUGGCUGGAUCCGCUUCCAUGACCUCCUCAGCCAGGGCAGCUACAACAGCGGCCUCGCAUACUGCCAGAGCAAGUUGGCCAACCUUCUGUUCGCUAGGGAGCUGGCCCGCAGACUCAAAGGUUCCAGUGUGACGGUGAACUCUGUCCACCCUGGGUUGGUGUGCUCGGACCUGGUACGCCACUCCACCAUCAUGUCUCUGCUGUUCUCUCUGUUCUCCUUGUUCCUGAAGAGCCCUCGGGACGGGGCCCAGACAUCCAUCUACUGCGCAGUGGCAGAGGAGCUGCACUCCCUCACCGGGAAACACUUCAGUGACUGCGCCCCAGCCUCCGUGGCCCCCCAGGGGAGGAACGAGGAGACGGCCAGGAAGCUGUGGGACGCCAGCAGUGAGCUCCUGGGCAUCGUCUGGGACCACUGAUCUGAACCACCCUCUAUCAUCAAAACACUGGUUGCAACCCCAACGCCCUGUAAAGGCACUACUUUUGACCAGGGCCCACAACCUUGUGCCAAAUGGUUACAGCAAGAGCCGGCAGUAGGGCCCACAGGGCCGCGGUAGAAAGUGGUGCACUAUAAAGGGAACAGGGUGCCAUUGUGGAUGCAUCCCAUGUUCUCUAAGGAGUCUUUGUUUUCAAUCUGAGUACAUAUGUAGCCUUAUCAUUUCAUGACGUUACGUAAUCUCAAACUACAGUUAACCCACUUGAAUAAUAACCAUAGAGGUAUUCAGAUAGACAUAAUGGCAGAUAGGACUCUCUUAUGGUAGUAACUGCAAGAUUAACUACAUUAUUGUUCCGCCACAGGUUAGCCAGGGUGUAACCAGGUCUAGCCAGGGUGUAACCAGAUUUAGCCAGGGUGUAACCAGGUUUAGCCAAGUCUAGCCAGGGUUUAGCCAGGGUGUAACCAGGUUUAGCCAGGGUGUUUAGCCAGGGUGUAACCAGGUUUAGCCAGGGUGUAACCAGGUUUAGCCAGGGUGUAACCAGGGUGUUAGCCAGGGUGUAACCAGGUUUAGCCAGGGUGUAACCAGGUUUAGCCAGGGUGUAACCAGGUUUAGCCAGGGUGUAACCAGGUUUAGCCAGGGUGUUUAGCCAGGGUGUAACCAGGUUUAGCCAGGGUGUAACCAGGUUUAGCCAGGGUGUAACCAGGUCUAGCCAGGGUUUAGCCAGGGUGUAACCAGGUUUAGCCAGGGUGUAACCAGGUUUAGCCAGGGUGUAACCAGGUUUAGCCAGGGUGUAACUAGGUUUAGCCAGGGUGUAACCAGGUUUAGCCAGGGUGUAACCAGGUUUAGCCAGGGUGUUUAGCCAGGGUGUAACCAGGUUUAGCCAGGGUGUUUAGCCAGGGUGUAACCAGGUUUAGCCAGGGUGUAACCAGGUUUAGCCAGGGUGUAACCAGGUUUAGCCAGGGUGUUUAGCCAGGGUGUAACCAGGUUUAGCCAGGGUGUAACCAGGUUUAGCCAGGGUGUAACCAGGUUUAGCCAGGGUGUAACCAGGUUUAGCCAGGGUGUUUAGCCAGGGUGUAACCAGGUUUAGCCAGGGUGUAUUAUAAACCAGCUGAUUCAGUUUGUUUUGUAUCAUAUUAUAAAUGGGGUUCCAAAUUUCCUGUAACUUUUCACAAAAUUCCCAUUUUCCGAAAUCCUAGUUGGAAGAUUGCUGGAAUUAAAGCAAAACAUCCAGGAUUUCGGGGGAAUUUGGAGAGUUACAGGAAUUGUACAAAUUAUCCUCCAUGUGGAUUCAGCUUGGUUUUGAACCUCUCCACUCUAGGCUUGAUUUUUUUCCCCCUCAGCAUUGUUAAGCUACCGAGAUGUCUUUUAUACAAAUGUGAAACAUGCCUUUUUUAGUACAUUUUAGGGUUGCAAUAUUUUUUUUAAUAACAAUCAGGAAAUCCUGAAACCAGUAUUUCUGGAGAAAACAAAACAAAACAGGGCAUUCUGGGAAAAUGUGACACCCAAACUACAUAGCAGUCAUGUCAGGAGUUUAAUGUUCACAUCUGUAAAUAAAAUAUAAUAUUACUAGCUACUAUUUGUUUGUUUAGUAAUUGUGUCACACACAACAGAGGAGGCUGGUUGGAGGAGCUAUAGGAGGAUAGGCACAUUGUAAUGGCUUUUAUUUUAAACUGCAUCGUUGGUUAAGGGCUCGUCAGUCAGGCAUUUCACUAAUGUUUACACCUGUUGUAUUCGGCACACGCGACUAAUAACAUUUGAUUUGAAUGGAAUUCAUUGGAACAGAAUCAAACGUGUGGUUUCCAUGUAUUUGAUACGGUUCCAUUCAUUCCAUUACAACGGGCUCAGUCCUCCUAUAUCUCCUCCCACCAGCCUCCUCCAAUUGAACCCCCCCCCCCCCCCCCCCCCCCCACUUCAUUACCCUUUUUCCAACAUGGCCGCUUUAAGACAGGAAAUCAUUAUCAUACUCCUCACAUUUCCUGUGAUCAAUAAUCAUACCUGCAUUAUUAUAAUAACCAAAUUGAUGACGUUGUUUCUUCAACCAAAGAAAGGGGGGAGGGGGGGCGAAGAGUCAUUGGGGUAUGUUUCAAAUGGAACUAUUCACUACAUAGGGUGUCAUUGGCUCUCGUUUUGUAGAGGCCAGACAUUCAGAUAAGGUAGGAUGGUAAAGUGCAUCAGGGAAGAUAAGUGAGUGCCUAGGGGGUAGGAGAGUAGGGGGAACGGUGCUAGGGCGCAAUUUGGGAUAGGGGGCAACAAUAAACCAGAGUGAAAAGACUUGUGUCCUAAAUGGCACCAUAUUCCCCACCUCCAGGCUGUGUAAGGGCUAUUUGACCAAGAAGGAGAGUGAUGCAUCAGAUGACCUCAACCCAAUUGAGAUGGUUUGGGCUGCAGAGUGAAGGAAAAGCAGCCAACAAGUGUUGCAGCAUAUGUGGGAACUGCAUUCCAGGUGAAGCUGGUCGAGAGAAUGCCAAGAGUGUGCAAAGCUGUCAUCAAGGCAAAGGGUGGCUACUUUUUUUGGUUACUACAUGAGUUAUUUCAUAGUUUUGAUGUCUUCACAAUUAUUCUACAAUGUAGAAAAUAGUACAAAUAAAGACAAACCCUGAAAUGAAUAUGUGUGUCCAAACUGUUGACUGGUACUGGAUGUGAUGAUGUAGCACAGCACCUCAUCACAUGACCAGACAGGCUGAUUUAAGUCUCUGUUUGCUAACAAACAGAACUUCAAUCAAAAGUGAAUGAAUAUCUAUUGUGGAUUUUAACAUGGGCCGGUCAGCAAUGUAGAUACACUACUACAUGAUCAAAAGUAUGUUAUCGAACAUUUCUUUCAAAAAUCAUGGGCAUUAAUAUGGAGUUGGUCCCCCUUUUACUGCUAUAACAGCCUCCACUCUUCUGGGAAGGCUUUCCACUAGAUGUUGGAACAUUGCUGCUAUAACAGCUUCCACUCUUCUGGGAAGGCUUUCCACUAGAUGUUGGAACAUUGCUGCUAUAACAGCCUCCACUCUUCUGGGAAGGCUUUCCACUAGAUAUUGGAACAUUGCUGCGGGGACUUGCUUCCAUUCAGCCACAAGAGCAUUAAUGAGGUCUGGUACUGAUGUUUGGUGGUUAGGCCUGGCUAACAGUCGGCGUUCUAAUUCAUCCCAAAGGUAUUUGAUGAGGUUGAGGUCAGGGCUCUGGCCAGUCAAGUUUUUCCACACGGAUCUCGCUUUGUGCACGGGGGAAUUGUCAUGCCGAAACAGGAAAGGGCCUUCUCCAAACUGUUGCCACAAAGUUGGAAGCACAGAAUUGUCUAGAAUGUCAUUGUAUGCUGUAGUGUUACGAUUUCCCUUCAGUGGAACUAAGGGGCCUGAACCAUGAAAAACAGCCCCAGACCAUUAUUCCUCCUCCACCAAACUUUAGUUUACACUAUGCAUUGGGACAGAUAGCGUUCUCCUGGCAUCCGCCAAACCCAGAUUCGUCCGUCAGGCUGCCAAAUGGUGAAGUGUGAUUCAUCACUCCAGAGAACGCGUUUCCACUGCUCCAGAGUCCAAUGGUGGUGAGCUUUACACCACUCCAGAUGAUACUUGUCAUUGCGCAUGAUGAUGUUAGGCUUGUGUGCGGCUGCUCUGCCAUGGAAACCCAUUUCAUGAAGCUCCUGAUGAACCGUUCUUGUGCUGACGUUGCUUCCAAAGGCAGUUUGGAACUCGGUAGUGAGUGUUGCAACCGAGGACAGAUGAUUUGUAUAUGCUACUCACUUCAGCACUCGGCUAUCCCGUUCUGUGAGCUUUUGUGGGCUACCACUUCGCUGCUGAGCCGUUGUUGCUCCUAGACGUUUCCAUUUCACAAUAACAGCACUUACAGUUGACCGGGGGGCAGCUCUGGCAGGGCAGAAAAUGUGACAAACUGACUUGUUGGAAAGAUGGCAUCGUAUGACAGUGCCAUGUUGAAAGUCACUGAGCUCUUCAGUAAGGCCAUUCUACAGCCAAUGUUUGUCUAUGGAGAUUGCAUGUCUGUGUGCUCGAUUUUAUACACCAAGUCAGCAACAGGUGUGGCUGAAAUAGCCGAAUCCACAAAUUUGUAGGCUUGUCCACAUACUCUUGUAUAUAUAGUGUAUAUUAUUAAUAUUCUGAUUAAAGUAUUGAAAUGUGAUUGUCAUGGCAUUAACAUAUAACUAUGGUGUAAUCUGAGGGAUUAAAGUGAGAAAAAAAAUAUAUAUUACGUGUAAUCUGAGGGAUUAAAGUGAGAAAUAAACAUUAUGGUGUAAUCUGAGGGAUUAAAAUGAAAAAUAAAAAUGUUUAUUACGGUGUAAUCUGAGGGAUUAUAGUGAGAAAUAAAAAUGUUUAUUACGGUGUAAUCUGAGGGAUUAAAGUGAGAAAUAAACAUUACGGUGUAAUCUGAGGGAUUAAAGUGAGAAAUAAAAAUGUUUAUUAAGUGUAAUCUGAGGGAUUAAAGUGAGAAAUAAACAUUACGGUGUAAUCUGAGGGAUUAAAGUGAGAAAUAAAAAUGUUUAUUAAGUGUAAUCUGAGGGAUUAAAGUGAGAAAUAUAAACAUUAUGGUGUAAUCUCUGGGAUUAAAGUGAGAAAUAAACAUUAUGGUGUAAUCUCUGGGAUUAAAGUGAGAAAUAAACAUUACGGUGUAAUCUGAGGGAUUAAAGUGAGAAAUAAAAAUGUUUAUUAAGUGUAAUCUGAGGGAUUAAAGUGAGAAAUAAAAAUGUUUAUUACGGUGUAAUCUGAGGGAUUAAAGUGAGAAAUAUAAACAUUAUGGUGUAAUCUGAGGGAUUAUAGUGAGAAAUAUAAACAUUAUGGUGUAAUCUGAGGGAUUAUAGUGAGAAAUAAACAUUAUGGUGUAAUCUGAGGGAUUAUAGUGAGAAAUAAACAUUAUGGUGUAAUCUCUGGGAUUAAAGUGAGAAAUAAACAUUAUGGUGUAAUCUGAGGGAUUAUAGUGAGAAAUAAACAUUAUGGUGUAAUCUGAGAGAUUAAUGUGAGAAAUAAACAUUAUGGUGUAAUCUGAGGGAUUAUAGUGAGAAAUAAACAUUAUGGUGUAAUCUGAGGGAUUAUAGUGAGAAAUAAACAUUAUGGUGUAAUCUCUGGGAUUAAAGUGAGAAAUAAACAUUAUGGUGUAAUCUGAGGGAUUAUAGUGAGAAAUAAA